AUGGCCCCCGAGAUGGACCAGUUCUACAAGUCCACCAUGGCCAUCUACAAGAGUAUCAUGGAGCAGUUUAACCCUGCCCUGGAGAACCUGGUGUACCUAGGACACAACUACCUCCGAGCCUUCCACGCUCUGUCUGAGGCAGCCGAGGUGUACUUCAAGGCCAUCCAGAAGAUCGGGGAGCAGGCCUUGCAGAGCUCCACCUCCCAGAUUCUGGGGGAGAUCCUGGUGCAGAUGUCAGACACCCAGCGGCACUUGAACUCUGACCUGGAGGUGGUGGUGCAGACGUUCCACGGGGAUCUGCUGCAGCACAUGGAGAAGAACACCAAGCUGGACAUGCAGUUCAUCAAAGACAGCCGCCAGCACUACGAGAUGGAAUACCGCCGCCGAGCCGCCAACCUGGAGCAGUGCAUGUCGGAGCUGUGGCACAUGGAGCGCAAGAGGGACAAGAAUGUGCGGGAGAUGAAGGAGAGCGUGAACCGGCUGCACGCACAGAUGCAGGCCUUCGUGUCCGAGAGCCAGCGGGCGGCUGAGCUGGAAGAGAAGCGGCGCUACCGAUUCCUGGCCGAGAAGCACCUGCUACUUUCCAACACCUUCCUGCAGUUUUUCGGCCGGGCCCGGGGCGUGCUCCAGAACCGCGUGCUGCUGUGGAAGGAGCAGUCGGAGGCCAGCCGCAGCCCGUCGCGCGCCCACUCCCCGGGCCUCCUGGGCCCCGCGCUGGGGCCGCCCUACCCCUCGGGCCGCCUGACGCCCACCCGCCUGGACAUGGUGAGGCCCUGGGUGCCCCCGCCGCCGUUCGCGCCCCCGCCGGUCCCCGCACCCUCCACGAUGAAUUACUCAGGGCAAAGCCUUUGGAGCAAGGCCUGGCACACAGCUCUGCCCAGUAACUGCCCUCGGAAGUGUGGUUUUGGCCCCUGUGGUUGGGCCUUCCGCCUAUGGGACCCCCUGCCUCCACCCCACAGGAGUGGCUGGUUCCCAGAGGCCUAUGUGAAGCCUUUGGAGGAGGUGCCUGUGAACCCCAUGAACCCUUUGAACCCAGUGACCUCCGUGAACCUGAUGAACCCUAUGAAUGAGCUACCUUCCAGAACCUACCCACUGCGGGGCAGCCACAGCCUUGAUGACCUCCUGGACCGGCCGGGCAACUCUGCGGCACCCCCGGAGUACUGGGACGGCCAAUCCCGCUCCCGAACCCCAAGCCGGGUCCCAAGCCGUGCCCCCAGCCCUACACCUACGCCCUUGCCCAGCAGCCGCCGGAGCAGCGUGGGCAGCAUGGGGGUGGCGAGUGAUGUCAAGAAACUUAUGUCCUGGGAGCAGCACCCUCCAGAGCUUUUCCCUCGAGGCACAAACCCGUUCGCCACCGUAAAGCUGCGACCCACAGUCACCAACGACCGCUCGGCGCCCCUUAUCCGCUGAGAUGCCCUCCUCCAUCCGGGGUCUGAGCUCGUCUCCCCACACCUGCCAAGGGGGCUGCCCGGAGCUGGUGACGGCCGCAAGAGCAGCAGCAGUGGACCCGAGAAGCCGGGGCCCUGAAGCUGGGGGUGGCUGCCCCUCCCCACGCCACGCCCCCAGCUUGAGCAGCUCUCAGGAGACUGGCCUGGGGUCUGGGACCUUCGAACUAAAGCAGGCAGAAUGGGGGGACAGGACAGUCUCUUCCCCUCCAAGGGCCCCAGGACUCUCCCUGGGGGCCUGCCUCGUGCACCCCACCCUCUUUCCCCUCCUCUGCCCCAGCAGGGAGGAGCCCCGCACACCCCCUUCCCCACCUCCCAUACGUCGUCCUCUUUACCUUUUGUAAAUGGGGCAAAAUAAAGCAAGUGGACACAGCC